UUUUUUGAUCUUUAAUAUAUUUAGUUCAUUGAGAUCCGAUGUGUGAUUUAAGUGUUCCUUUAAUGUUUUUGGGCAGUGCUGGUCCUUGAACAUUGGGACACAUCUGCUUCAGUUGAAUAUUAAUGUUGUGUGGAACACUACCCCUGCUGACUUGACUCCUGUACCCAGCUUUGCACAGCACAUUGUUUCUUGGUGCAAUAUUCAUAGAUUAAAUCAGUUUAAAAUAGCACGGCCUCCAUUAUUGAAGCAUCGUGCCUUUAUCAUCAAGGAACUUCUCCAGAGUUUGAGGACAUGAAUAAUACAAGGGGAAGUGUUCGGCCCUACUUUACAUCAUUAGUGUCCCUUCUCCAGCUCUUCACUGCAUUGAAACAUUUAUCCUCAUGGGCCUCAGCCCCCCAGAAACCACGCCGGUGAGUUUUCAGAUGGAUACGGACAACAGCGUUGACCAGGAUGUCCAGACCUCUGUUAAAGAACGUCCAGGGCACUUCGGAAGAGAGAACCUUUUAUGAAGUCUCCUCAGCCAGCAUGGAGAACUGUUCCUAUCAUCGUCUUCAGGAGCAUCUUGGUCUUUCACAGAAAAACGAGCGCACAACAGGUUUACGGCCUGUUAAGAACUGGAAUAAUUCAACACAUGUUAUGGUGGACAUGUUUGUGUUUGGUGUCAUCGAUUUGAAUGAGAAGUCCUCUACUUUUACCAGCUACGUUUUAAUCUCAACAGGCUGGGUAAAUGACUUUAUAGCUUGGAAACCACAGGACUUCUGUGGGAUUUCAAAGAUGACUGUUCCAAGAGAAAGGCUCUGGAUACCAGAUAUAGGUAUCCAAGAAGACAUCUCUGAUACAGGUAGUAUUAUAUUCAGCCCAUAUGUCCAAGUAUAUAGUACUGCGUUUGCUCAAGUGAUUGACCAGCGCCGCUUAACCACUUCCUGCAAAAUGGAUCUUUACAAGUUCCCAUUUGACACCCAGAGCUGCAGCAUCACUUUUAAGUCCAUGAUACACAGAGCAUCAGAAUUAAAAUUAGGAGCAUUCACCAGCGUCCCUUCAAUGAACCUCAUAACCAGGAAGACCAUGACCACCCUGGAUGAAUGGGAUUUCCUGGGCAUUGCUAUGACUGAGGAAAAACUCUAUUUGAGUGAAAAUAAUGAUUGGCAUCUGCUAAUAUACAAGAUCACCUUACGAAGGAGACCCCUACUAUAUAUAAUCAACCUUGUGGUACCAGUUGCCUUUUUCCUUGUCUUGGAUUUGGCUUCCUAUUUCAUCAGUGAGGCCAAAGGGGAAAAGCUAGGCUUUAAAGUAACCAUACUCUUGUCCAUCUCAGUCCUUUUGCUGAUUCUCAAUGACAUCCUGCCCUCCACUGCAAAUAACCUGCCAGUCAUUGCUCUUUACUGCAUCAUAAUAUUUGUCCUCACGGGUCUCAGCCUCCUGGAGACCAUGCUGGUGAGUUUUCUGAUCGAUCUGGACAGCAGCGCUAACCAGGAAAUCCAGACCUCUGCUAAGAACUGUCAGGACGCACCAGAAGACACCUGCUUCCGAGGAGGUAAAAUGGGUUUUGGUUUUGUCAUCCCGAUAACAGAAUGACUGAUCUACAACAGAACUGAGAGCAUAAGAAUGUAACAACACUUAGACCCUUGACUUGACACCAGCCGCUGCAAGAAAAGCUCCCAUUUUAUUUUCUAGAACCUGAGAGAGAAGCUGUGAGCAGCCUGGAGAGGGUUAAGGACACCCUGAACAAUAAGGACAUUGACGAAUACAGGCUAAAUAAUCCCCAACUGCUGCAACUGAUCUCAGAGGUGCAGAAAGUAUGUCAGGAAUGUUUUUCUGUUAAUAUGACGUCUGGCAAAAAGACGCCUGGGAGCUGGGAGAGAAUGGCCAGAUGUAUUGACCAGGUUUAUUUCUACCUUUAUCUCAUCACAGCUAUUUGUUUUGGAAUAUUCAUCAGUUUAUUGUGGCUUUACUAAUUAUACAUUGUAAUAUUCAUCAGUUUAUUGUGGCUUCAUUAAUUAUACAUUGUAAUAUUCAUCAGUUUAUUGUGGCUUUACUAAUUAUACAUUGUAAUAUUCAUCAGUUUAUUGUGGCUUUACUAAUUAUACAAAUAUACUGAUAUGGUUAGGUUUUUUUUGUUUCUGGUUCUAAAUUGCAUAUGUUUUCUGAUAAGUAGUAUAAAUAUGAUAGUCAACAUUUUCCUGUUGGUGUGACACUUAGUGAAAUAAUCUGCACCGCAAUUUAUUUACUUGAUUUCUAUUUUCUUCUUGUUUCCAUUUGAUAGUAAAUAUUGGCCUGCAUCUGGAGAGUUGUAGUUAAUGUUAAUCACUGCGUAGUUGAUUUUGUGGUAGUAAAACUGUAUAAGUACCCAUUUAACACUUUAUAAUAACGUUGUCUUUAAUAACACAGAAGUUAUACAACUCUGUAUUUUGUUUUACAGAUUAUUCGUAUAAUGACAGUACAAUACACUAUAUUAUUUUACGCCAUAAUCCGUCUAUGAACUUUGUUCCUAAAUAAGAAUCGCCCAUACAAACACAGAUUCGGUGUGAUUUGGGUGCAAGAUUUCCUUCUGGUUGAACUGCACGCUUUAUUUAACAUUAAAACAUUGUACAACUGAACUAACUGCCUCAGUUUGACACAGAACCGCAUACAUACACAACCCUUCAAAAGUAUGGGGUCACUAAGAAAUGGCCUUGUUUUCUAUAAAAACAGAGAAAAUGAGUUUGAAUACGAAA